UUGAACAUCUUCUCUUCCAAAAUGAACAGUGUCCAGGCCAUCGCUAAAUCCUACCAGUUAUUUAACCCCAAAGCCUACCUGCAAAAUAACUAUGUGCCACCUCGGGCAGACUUCUCGUCCGAAGAGAGCGUGAUGUGUUGGAAGCUGCGGUGCCUUCAUGAGGCUUGUGUCAAGGGUGAAAUAAAAGGUCACACUGUAGUUGACAUUGGUUCGGGUCCUACAAUUUACCAGUUGCUGAGCACUUUUGAGCACUUCGAUGAGGUUAUCAUGACUGAUUAUCUGGAGGUGAAUCGAGAAGAACUGAAGAAGUGGCUUAAAAAUGAACCUGACACUUUUAACUGGAGCCCAUACUUUCAACAUGUCUGUAAACUGGAGGGAAAAGGGGAGCCAUGGCAAAGCAAAGAAAGACGUUUUCGGGAGCGAGUAACACGAGUGAUACCUUUGGAUAUCCAUCAGCCUUGCCCCCUGGGAAAGGAACUUGCCAGUGGUUCAGUGGACUGUCUGGUAUCCUCUUUUUGUCUUGAGGCAUGCAGCCCUGACCUUGAAACUUUUCAGAGAGCCCUUGAAAACAUAGUUGGAAUCCUCAAGCCACAGGGUAAUUUUUUGUGGAUUGGGGCUUUAGAAGAGUCCUAUUACUUAGCCGGAGAAGCACGACUGACUGUGGUGCCUGUCACAGAAGAGAUGGUGAAGACGGCACUGGGCACUGCCAAGUGCAUCAUUAAAGAAUUUCGCACCUACUCAAUGACUCCUGCUAUGAAAGUUGGAGUGGAUGAUGUGAAUGGGAUUUUCUUUGUCUGGGCGCAGAAAGAAGCUAACAAAUAAAAUCUAUGUCAUG